AGUGACUCUUCCCAGCGGCAGCGAUCCAGGCCACUGGCAGGUUUUUUUGUUUGGCACCUCAGGUCUUUAAGAGGAUUUAUUGGUUAGAAGGUAUUGAGAGAAGAGUCCCAAUGCACAAACCUAGAUGCUUCCUUUCCAGGGUGGGUUUCUUCUCCAAAUCAGGACUGCUCUACUGGUGUCCCAGAAAACCUCCAGAUGGGUCACAGCUUUUAUUGGGGUCAGCAUGUAAGAGAACCUUCACUCAUGUGAUCACCAAGAGGUGUCAAAGAGGACGGAAAAGUCAGAAGAAACCAAGCCAUCUUGGACCACUAGAUAGUUCCUGGCAGGAAAGGCUGGCUGAUGUUGUGACGCCACUCUGGAGGCUGAGCUACGAAGAACAGCUCAAGGUGAAAUUUGAAGCUCAGAAGAAAAUUUUACAAAGACUAGAGUCUUACCUCCAAAUGUUCAACGGAUUCAAAGUGACAACAGCUGCACCCAAAUCGGAGGAACUCUGUUGUCUUCUCCAACCUAUUAUACCCUCUCCUGUCAUCGAUGGCUACCGAAAUAAGUCCACCUUUUCUGUGAACCGAGGUCCAGAUGGCAAUCCGAAGACUGUGGGAUACUACCUUGGAACUUGGAGAGACAGAAACAUGGUCUGUGUGCGGUCUAACCAUCUGAAAAACAUCCCUGAGAAACACAGUCAAGUGGCCCAGUACUAUGAAGUAUUCCUUCGACAGUCCCCAUUGGAGCCCUGCCUUCUGUUUCAUGAAGGUGGACACUGGCGUGAGCUCACAGUCCGCACCAAUAGCCAAGGGCACACAAUGGCCAUCAUUACUUUCCAUCCCCAGGAAUUAAGUCAGGAGGAGCUCUGUGUUCAGAAGGAAACUGUAAAGGAGUUUUUCAUCAGAGGUCCAGGAGCAGUCUGUAACUUGACAUCACUGUACUUCCAGGAAAGCACCAGGACCCGUUGCAGCCAUCAGCAGUCCCCCUUCCAGCUCCUUUUUGGGGAACCCCACAUCUUUGAAGAGCUCUUGGGCUUGAAGGUCCGCAUCUCUCCAGAUGCCUUUUUCCAAAUUAACACUGCUGGUGCAGAGAUGCUGUAUCGGACCAUAGGGAAGCUGAGUGGAGUGAACUCUAACACCAUCCUCCUUGAUAUCUGCUGUGGAACUGGUGUGAUUGGUCUCUCUCUGGCUAAAUAUACCUCCCAGGUCCUUGGGAUUGAAUUGGUGGAGCAGGCGGUAGAGGACGCCAGGUGGACUGCAGCCUUCAAUGGCAUCACCAACUGUGAAUUCUACGCUGGUCAAGCAGAGAAGAUUUUGCCACAGCUGCUAAAGUCAAAGGAAAAUGGGCAGUUAAUUGUUGCUGUGGUAAACCCAGCCCGGGCAGGACUGCAUUACCAGGUGGUUCAAGCCAUUCGAAACUGCAGGGCCAUCUGCACACUAGUUUUUAUUUCCUGCAAGCCCUAUGGUGAAACCACUAGGAACAUCAUUGAGCUGUGUUGUCCCCCAAACUCUGCUAAGAAGCUUCUCGGCAAGCCUUUUGUCCUGAGACAAGCUGUGCCUGUGGAUCUGUUCCCCCACACCCUACACUGUCUGAAUGUUUCUUACAUUGACAUUUACUUAGUGUAGUGCAACAGGAUUGCAAAGAAGCUCACUUAGGACCACCC